AUGGCAGGGCGAGGGGCUGACACGAUGGAACAUGAUGGAGGGGACACAAUAUCAGAUGUCAGUUUUCCGUUUGGAGAGGGGGUGUCUGGCCGAGGAAGAAGUAGUAUCUCUGUGUCUGAUGAGGGAGAGGAGACUUUCUAUGUGCCUGAAAGGAGACCCUCCCUGGACCUGGAAGAUGGCCUUAGACCAAUGGACACGACUCACUGGUGA